GAUAACAAAGUCAUCUCAUACUUUGAAGGGCACAGACUGGCAGACAUGCAGUUCUCGGAGCCAUUCAACAUCAUCCGCGCGGACAUCGACGAGCAGGUCCGCGUGCUCGCAAAAGGCUCGGGGGAGCUGACGGCAGCUGUGUGGGCUGAAAGUGCCGAUGUGGCAAGGCUGGCAGGCAACCUGGGCUAUGACUGCGACGCUCUGCUUGCGGAGCUAGGGGAGGUUGAGCGGGCAAUGGACAUUGUGGCGGCCGAACCGCAACGCUUCCACGUCUCCCCCGCGGAGGUGCAGGCGCGGCGGUCCUGGAUCAGCACCACGCGUGACGCCGUUCGUCGCACCGCCGAGAACGUGGCGCCGCACCGCCCCCCGCCGGUGCCGCGGCAGCAACCCGUGGCCAUCGGCGUCCCCGUGACUGUCGCAGGACCCCUCACCUGCACUUUCAUCUCCCCAGAGCCGUACAGCGCCGCUUCGGACCCCUGCAUGACACACCGCUCGUCGCCGCCGCUGAGCGGCAGCAUGCGCGUCGCCUCCGCCAUCGCGGGCGCGGCCCACGCCAACGCGGCUUACGCCGCCUCCGCCACCGCCUCUGCCGCCGUCUCCACCAUCACGCCUGUCCGGGGCGCCGCCGCGGCUGCGCGCACCGCUGCCUCCUCCUCCGCCUCUGCUGCGCACCGGGCGGCCUCGGCUGCGGUGGGCGCUGGACACACCGCCGCGGCCGCGGGCACGGGUGCGGUGCUGGGCGGCGCCGGCGGCUUCAUCAGCGGACAGCUGCAGGCGCAGCAACGAGCCAUCAGGCGCCAGGACGGGCUGCUGGACGACCUGAGCGCCUCUCUGGACCGCAUCGCCGACCAGGGCCGCCGCAUCGGCCGGGAGCUGGAGGAGCAGACCGGCGCCCUGUCCCAGCUGGAGGCCGGCGUGGACGCGGCGGUGGGCGGCCUGCGCGGCGCACACAGGCGGGCGCUGGGGCUGCUGCGCGGGCGGUAGGCAGCAGCCGGCAGCAGCAGCACUGAGGUGUUUGGCAUAGGCGUUGAAGCAGCGCUGGAGUGUGCCGUCCUGUUUGCUGUGGGUGGGUGUGCAAACUGGGGUAGCCGCACGGGGGUGCAGAGGCGCCAGGAGGUGUGCGUGUGCGGCAGGGCUAGCCAGGGCCUAGGUGCGUCGUGGUUGUGUGGGUACGCCCAUUGUGCGCGCGCAGGAUGCGAGACACGUGACGUUUGUGUCUGAUGUACAUUACUGGAACUGAGGCGUUAUCUGGGGCGUUGCAUUUGUCCAUUGUGUGCGCCAACCACGCCAACUGCGCCACUCAUGUGUGGCUGCGUGCACGCUGACUGAUGAUUGAGAAUGACUGGGCUCAGUGCUUGGUCUGGGCUAGCUGUGCAAGUUAUGCUGGUGGCCUUUGAACUGUACACUGAAGAGCCCUGCAUGGGCCCAAUGCUAGGACAUUGAACUCGUGUUUAAUGAUUUUGGAUGUUACCAAAGGGGCCAAUCUGAUGCAUGCAUGCCACCGAGUGCCAGGAGCAAACCUGGCUCCAUCAAACCUACUCCAUGACGGCCGGGGGGAACACCUGUUGCACGAAGCCAUGCCGCCAUGCGCAACCAGCCUGUAACUUACGCAACUU